CAAAGCGUGCGACUGCCAGAAUCAAUGGAGGACUAUUCCAGCUCCUUUCUAGUUUAUACGUGUGUUAUCACCGUGCUAGGCAUUGUCGCUUUCCUGAGGCUGGUCAUGUCUGAACUGCAACUGACUCACCGCCUGAUCAUUUAUGCAAUUCUCCUUCUGUUCCUGGAGAGGAUCUGUUGCAUGUAUCUGGCCGGCUUGUCAGGGGUUCUGGUUUUCAUUGCUGUAUGCUUGCUCGGCUUUCAGUCACUUUCCUCUCCUAAGUUAUCUGUGCAGGGAAAGGCUGUGCUCAUUACAGGCUGUGAUUCGGGCUUUGGAAAGAUAAUGGCUCAACAUUUCGACUCCCUGGGCUUUGAAGUGUUUGCUACAGUGCUGAAUAAAAAUGGACCAGGAGCAAAGGAGCUGUCACAGAUGUGCUCAGAACAACUUACCUUAAUUCAGAUGGAUCUCACUAAACCGGAGGAUAUUGAACAAGCUUUGCAAAUCACAAAGGAGAAACUUGGGGAAAGAGGUUUGUGGGGUUUGGUGAACAAUGCUGGAAUUUGCUUCAACAUUAGUGAUGCUGAACUCUCUGCCAUGUCCAACUACAGAGGCUGCAUGGAGGUCAACUUCUUUGGUGCAAUAGCAAUUACAAAAGGCUUCCUUCCUCUGAUACGUAGAGCAAAAGGCAGAAUUGUCAAUGUUUCCAGUCCAGUGGGAGAGAUUCCAUUACCCUUUUUAGCGGCUUAUGGAGCUUCGAAAGCUGCACUCACCCUAUUCACAAACAUUUUACGCCUGGAAUUGAGACACUGGGGAGUGAAAGUUUGCACCAUACUUCCUGCAUUUUACAAAACAGCUCCAUCACGUAAUUUUGAGUACUGGGAACAGCAAGUCCACCAUCUCAUAAAGAAUAUUUCUUCAGAACUGCUUCAGGACUAUGGGGAAGAGUAUAUGCUAGAAACAAAAGACCUAUUCCUGAAAUACAUUACAACUGCCAAGGAGGACUUUAGCCCUGUCAUUGAAAGCAUCACUGAUGCUAUACUCUCAAGAAAUCCAAAACCAAGAUAUUAUGCGGGAAAAGCAGUUAUUGUUUUGUAUAUCUUUCUAUGUAUUUUACCAACAUCACUGAGUGAUUUAAUUUUCAACAGGUUUUUCUUAAUUAAAAAAGUCUUGCCAAAGGGUUUGCAAAAAUAGUGCAGUGGUGGUGGGGUGGGUUUGGAGGCUGGUGGUGAGGAGAAUACAUAUUGUAAAAAAUGAUACAUUUUUCUGAUAAACCUCAAUGUAUUAGUUGUUCACUUAGUAACACCGUGAAUAUAAUUCACUCUGCUGGGAAAACUGAGAUAAGAAGGAAGGAAAGAUGGGAGAUAAAUUUCACUGCACUGUCCGCGUGCUAAAUUCACGAAAGUGCAUUGGCCAUCUAUAAUAGAACACCCAUGUUGUUAAUUGAUUCCAAUCAUUGAAGGUAUAUAGUACUCCCAAGUUUUUAACACUCGGGCAUUUUGUAUAUAAAAUAACAAUUGUAUAAAA